UCGACCGGUCUGGCGAAUUGCCGAUCGGCUCUCUGAAUCUCUCAGUUUAACACUCUAGGGUUUAAGAACCAAGUUUUGAACAAAAAGGCCAAAAAUGGCGUCGAAUUGUGCUAGAAAACUCGUUCCACGAUCCCCUGCUUCUGCAAAGACCUUAUUGAAUCGCAUCCAAUCAUCGCCUUCCAUUUCCACGGGACCACCGAAGCUCAUAGGACAAGCAUCCACCACCGGGGUCUCUCAAGUCUCCCCUCGCCACCGCUCCUUCUUCUCCUCCAGACUACCGGUGGAGCUGAGUUGUGGUGAGUCAUUGAUGCCACUGCACUCGGUGACUGCCUCUGUAUUGCUAAAGUCAAUGCUGUCAUCUAAGGUUGGCCAAUGGGGCUGUCUUUCUGAAGGUUUUGCUACACCACUAUAACAUUCCCUUUAAGCUCUUGGGCAUACAAGAUGAUGAGAAGACCACCUCGGAUAAUACCAUCCUUGUUCUUUCUUUGACGAGAAUUACUUGUAAUGUCAAAUGAUUAUACUUGUGUGUUAAAUGUGACUGCACGAUUUAUUCAGUCUCCUUAAUUUUUGAAAUGUUACACUGAGAUUAACAUUGAAGGUGGUAGAAUUUCCUGAUUAUUUAUGUUGUUAAUGUACUCACUUGCCUCUGAGCUAUAUUCAAAUUGGUUGAGUUCAUAGCCAUCCA